CCUUUUAGUGCAUCUCUCUUUAUCUACUUCCCAUUGUUCUCAACACUCCAAAAAAUCCACAUUUUUCAUACUACUAGUCUACUACUAUUUCACACCAUACAUAUAAUUUAAUUUUAAUAAUGUCAAGAAAUGCAAAUAAAUGGUUAACAAUUGUAAGAAGAUGGGAAAGCAAUGAUGAACUACCACCAAUAGUGGGUCCACCACCACCGCGGGUGGUGGUGGACACCGAGCGGUACAACACCCGCUCAAUAGAGACACUAGUGGUUGUAUUGGCGGUGAUAACAAUCGUAGCAGUGAUAGCAGGGAUCAUUGCACGUGUGUGCGGAGGAAGACACCUUGGUGGGAGUGAAGAACAUGAUAUUGAAGGUUGGGUGGAAAGGAAUUGUAGGAGUUGCCUCGAUAGCGGUCUUCCUCCUCCUCCUUCACCAUCACCAUCACCAUCACCAUCACCAUCAGACGCAAAGCCAGAAAAUAAAAGUUAAAAUGGCAUUAAUACAAGAUCUUGUAAGUUUUUUUUAUUUUUUUUAUUUUUCUUUUAUGGUUGGGUGUGGUGAGAAAUAUUAUGUAGAUUUGCAAUUUGAAUUUAAAGGAAUGUUUGUAGCUUAUUAUAACUAUUUUUAAGCUAGUGAGACAAAUUUCAAGAUUCAUACCAUGUGGCAUGAAUACAAGAUACUACUAAUUAUAAGGCCACAUUUUAUUAUAUUAGUUGUGUCUUAAAUUUUUCUAAUACUCUUAUUAUAGAGGUGUAAAUGAUUGUAUUUGCUAA